AUUUCAGAUGAUGACUUGAUUAUUUGUCUUCAUGUUUAUGAUUUGCGGUUAUUAAGAAAUGGGAAGAGAUAUUUAUCCAUAUAUGUCCAGCUUUUGUGUGGUUGUUUCUUCUUCUCUUAUCCAAAAGUUUCCACAUAAGUGUACUUCUUAACAACAUAUCUCUUAUCAAACUAAUCACUAAACUUUAGCAGAAAAUUAAGCUUAUUGAUUCAAUGGCAACAACAACAGCUACAACCAUUUUUGCUGUGUCAAAACAACGUAUUCCUGUUGGCAAUGGCUGCACCAACACUUCAUUACUAGGUAAUAGUUCGAUUGUUAGUCCAUUGCACCAACAUCCUUUGACAAGAAGUAGAUCUAUCAAUAUUAGAGACCAUCAAGUUGGAGCUGUUGCUACAGCAGUUGUUGCAACAAGUCCUAAAGAUGAAAUCAAGGAGUUUGGAUUACCUACAUGGGCAGAAUUUGAGCUCGGAAUAGCUCCCAUCUAUUGGAAAACUAUGAACGGCCUACCUCCAACUGCAGGAGAAAAACUCCGAAUCUUUUACAAUCCGUCUGCCACCAAUCUCGAACCUAAUGAAGAUUUUGGAAUCGGUUUUAAUGGAGGAUUUAAUCAGCCGAUUAUGUGUAGUGGAGAACCAAGAGCAAUGCUAAAGAAAGCGAGAGGAAAAGUUGAUCCUCCGAUCUAUACUAUUCAAAUAUGUAUUCCUAAGCACGCAAUGAACUUGAUUUUCUCCUUCACAAACGGUAGAGAUUGGGAUGGUCCUUACAGACUGCAGUUUCAAAUUCCCAAAGCAUUGCAAAACAAACCAGUCAGUUUCUUCAAUGAGGGUCUCGCAGAAGAGCUAAGCAAAGAGGGGGCUUGUGACAGGGCUAUCUUUCCAGACACUGCAAUAGUUAUCACAAGGUGUGCCAUUGCUGGUAAUCUGACACUGGAAGGGGGUGAUCGUUGCAGCUUGAAUCUUGUACCCGGAUGCACAGAUCCAAGCUCGCCUUUGUACGACCCGCUUGCAAAUGUAGAUGAUGGGUCGUGUCUCUUGUUGUCAGAUAAUGACGAGUGAUUACUUUUUGGUACAAUGUCUCAUACACUGAUAUAAUGUAAAUAUCAAAGUAUAUGAACCUAUCUAUUUUUCUGAUACAUCUAAGGAUUUAUAAUCUUGGAGAUAGAAAUUCGAGUUUGAUCACAAAAA